AGACUCCGUCUGAAAAAACAAAAACAAAACAAUAAACCCUCCCAACCCGCCAAAAUGCUGGUUAAGGAUUCUAAAUGGCUCAACUUGGCCAGCUGUCUAUCCCUGAACUGCCUAUGCUGUACAUGUUCCUAUAACAGCACCUCCCAGGGAAACCAGAGGGGCUGUUUCCAGGUAAAAGGAGGAAUUUCACCAUAGACAUACUACUUUGGAAUAGUUUUGGCUAUCCUUAAGUAAAACACGGGAUGACUAUUUCUCUAAUUUCCACACUAGUAGUUUAAACGAAGUAGUCAUCAGACCACAGAGGAGGGGGCAAUAAAUACUGCCUGCCAGGUAACUCGGAGGAAUACUUUCACAGAGGCCUCAUAAGGUUAGCAUUUAGCAUUGUGUGUGAUGUGUGUCAAACCAAGAGGGGAUUCAGGGAGACUUCCAGGCUUGAGCAAAUGGACAAAUAUACCUCCUCUUCCAGACCGCUCCUUUCAUAUGAAAAAAAUUCGUUUGGGACCACCAGAAAACAAAGGAUAAAAGUACCAUGUUAGAACAAGGACGGAUUAAAAAUGACCUUUGCUUGAACUGAAACAGAAGCUAUCUGCAUAAGUGACUUAACCCCUCUGUAACUUGGCUUUCUUAUCAUCUACACGAGGGUGCUAACAGUACCCUCACAAGGCUCAAGUGAUGAUUACAUAGGACAAUCCCUUAGUCAAUGUCUUGGUACACUGUAAAGGUUCAGUAAAUGCUGGAAAAUCAUAUUAGCAACUAUUUUAUACCCAUAAUUGUAGCUGGAAGGUUGUAUUGGAUGCUAAAUACCGGCUAGAUUCCAUUCGGUAUUACAAUUAUUUAUUUGCAUAACAAGCAAAUUAUUGGUGCAAAGCAGCCAUUAUUACUGUAAAAUACUUUAAAAUGCUCCUUUUUAUAGUCCAGGUACGUACUGCGGCACAAAACUAGGAGAAACCAGGAAAUGGAAGUAACGAGUGAGUUUGGAUGCUUCGAUUCUACCCUAGACGGAGAUGGGUGAGAAUAGAGACAAAAGACAUCUUCUUCCAAACAAGAGGUGACCAAACGGGCAACGGAGACCUCCUCCCGGGCAUGCAGAGCGCAGCGAUUCUGUGCCCAGGGAGCCGGAGGGCUGGGGCUGGGGCUGGGGCUGGGAAAUCCCGGCGGAGCCGCGGCAGAGCAGUCGCCCGUGAGCCCCCGCGACACAGACGCGCUCGGCCUCGCGCUCCGGGGCUGGGACCGCCGAGGGCGAGCUGCAGCCUUCGCCACCCGGUCUGCCGCCGGACUCCACCUCACACAAGCAGCCGGGCAAGGCUCUUUUCCGCAGCUCCCUCACCCAGCGUAGCCUCCUUCCCAGCUUCCUCGGCGGCGGCGCCGUGACGUCACCUCCGGUCUUCAGCGCGCACGUGGGAGGAAGUGCUGGUGCCCUCAGCCGCUGCUCCCGUCUCUUUGGUUACGCUCGUCAGCCGGUCGGCCGCCGCCUACAGCCGUGUGCCGCUAUGGGAGUCCCGGCGUUCUUCCGCUGGCUCAGCCGCAAGUACCCGUCCAUCAUAGUCAACUGCGUGGAAGAGAAGCCAAAAGAAUGCAAUGGUGUAAAGAUUCCAGUUGAUGCCAGUAAACCUAAUCCAAAUGAUGUGGAGUUUGAUAAUCUGUAUUUGGAUAUGAAUGGAAUCAUCCAUCCCUGUACUCAUCCUGAAGACAAACCAGCACCAAAAAAUGAAGAUGAAAUGAUGGUUGCAAUUUUUGAGUACAUUGACAGACUUUUCAGUAUUGUAAGACCAAGACGACUUCUCUACAUGGCAAUAGAUGGAGUGGCACCACGUGCUAAAAUGAACCAGCAGCGUUCAAGGAGGUUCAGGGCAUCAAAAGAAGGAAUGGAAGCAGCAGUCGAGAAGCAGCGAGUCAGGGAAGAAAUAUUGGCAAAAGGUGGCUUUCUUCCUCCAGAAGAAAUAAAAGAAAGAUUUGACAGCAACUGUAUUACACCAGGAACUGAAUUCAUGGACAAUCUUGCUAAAUGCCUUCGCUAUUACAUAGCUGAUCGUUUAAAUAAUGACCCUGGGUGGAAAAAUUUGACAGUUAUUUUAUCUGAUGCUAGUGCUCCUGGUGAAGGAGAACAUAAAAUCAUGGAUUACAUUAGAAGGCAAAGAGCCCAGCCUAACCAUGACCCAAAUACUCAUCAUUGUUUAUGUGGAGCAGAUGCUGAUCUCAUUAUGCUUGGCCUUGCCACACAUGAACCCAACUUUACCAUUAUUAGAGAAGAAUUCAAACCAAACAAGCCCAAACCAUGUGGUCUUUGUAAUCAGUUUGGACAUGAGGUCAAAGAUUGUGAAGGUUUGCCAAGAGAAAAGAAGGGAAAGCACGAUGAACUUGCCGAUAGUCUUCCUUGUGCAGAAGGAGAGUUUAUCUUCCUUCGGCUUAAUGUUCUUCGUGAGUAUUUGGAAAGAGAACUCACGAUGGCCAGCCUACCGUUCACAUUUGAUGUUGAGAGGAGCAUUGAUGACUGGGUUUUCAUGUGCUUCUUUGUGGGAAAUGACUUCCUCCCUCAUUUGCCGUCGUUAGAGAUUAGGGAAAAUGCAAUUGACCGUUUGGUUAACAUAUACAAAAAUGUGGUACACAAAACUGGGGGUUACCUUACAGAAAGUGGUUAUGUCAAUCUGCAAAGAGUACAGAUGAUCAUGUUAGCAGUUGGUGAAGUUGAGGAUAGCAUUUUUAAAAAGAGAAAGGAUGAUGAGGACAGUUUUAGAAGACGACAGAAAGAAAAAAGAAAGAGAAUGAAGAGAGAUCAACCAGCUUUCACUCCUAGUGGAAUAUUAACUCCUCAUGCCUUGGGUUCAAGAAAUUCACCAGGUUCUCAAGUAGCCAGUAAUCCGAGACAAGCAGCCUAUGAAAUGAGGAUGCAGAAUAACUCUAGUCCUUCAAUAUCUCCUAAUACGAGUUUCACAUCUGAUGGCUCCCCGUCUCCAAUAGGAGGAAUUAAGCGAAAAGCAGAAGACAGUGACAGUGAACCUGAGCCAGAGGAUAACGUCAGGUUAUGGGAAGCUGGCUGGAAGCAGCGGUACUACAAGAACAAAUUUGAUGUGGAUGCAGCUGAUGAGAAAUUCCGUCGGAAAGUUGUGCAGUCAUACGUUGAAGGACUUUGCUGGGUUCUUAGAUAUUAUUACCAGGGCUGUGCUUCCUGGAAGUGGUAUUAUCCAUUUCAUUAUGCACCAUUUGCUUCAGACUUUGAAGGCAUUGCAGACAUGCCAUCUGAUUUUGAGAAGGGUACAAAACCGUUUAAACCACUAGAACAACUUAUGGGAGUUUUUCCAGCUGCAAGUGGUAAUUUUCUACCUCCAUCAUGGCGGAAGCUCAUGAGUGACCCUGAUUCUAGUAUAAUUGACUUCUAUCCUGAAGAUUUUGCUAUUGAUUUGAAUGGGAAGAAAUAUGCAUGGCAAGGUGUUGCUCUCUUGCCAUUCGUGGAUGAGCGAAGGCUACGAGCUGCCCUAGAAGAGGUAUACCCAGACCUCACUCCAGAAGAGACCAGAAGAAACAGCCUUGGAGGUGAUGUCUUAUUUGUGGGGAAACAUCACCCACUUCAUGACUUCAUUUUAGAGCUGUACCAGACAGGUUCCACAGAGCCAGUGGAUGUACCCCCUGAACUAUGUCAUGGGAUUCAAGGAAGGUUUUCUUUGGAUGAAGAAGCCAUUCUUCCAGAUCAAAUAGUGUGUUCUCCUGUUCCUAUGUUAAGGGAUCUGACACAGAACACUGUAGUCAGUAUUAAUUUUAAAGACCCACAGUUUGCUGAAGAUUACAUUUUUAAAGCUGUAAUGCUUCCAGGAGCAAGAAAGCCAGCAGCAGUACUGAAACCUAGUGACUGGGAAAAAUCCAGCAAUGGACGGCAGUGGAAGCCUCAGCUUGGCUUUAACCGUGACCGGAGGCCUGUGCACCUGGAUCAGGCAGCCUUCAGGACUUUGGGCCAUGUUAUGCCAAGAGGCUCAGGAACUGGCAUUUACAGCAAUGCUGCACCACCACCUGCGACUUACCAGGGAAACUUAUAUAGGCCGCUUUUGAGAGGACAAGCCCAGAUUCCAAAACUUAUGUCAAAUAUGAGGCCCCAGGAUUCCUGGCGAGGUCCUCCUCCCCUUUUCCAGCAGCAAAGGUUUGACAGAGGCGUUGGGGCUGAACCUCUGCUCCCAUGGAACCGGAUGCUGCAAACCCAGAAUGCAGCCUUCCAGCCAAACCAGUACCAGAUGCUAGCUGGGCCUGGUGGGUAUCCACCCAGACGAGAUGAUCGUGGAGGGAGACAGGGAUAUCCCAGAGAAGGAAGGAAAUACCCUUUGCCACCACCCUCAGGAAGAUACAAUUGGAAUUAAGCUUUUGUAAAGCUUUCCCAAAUCCUUUCAUCAUUCUACAGUUUUAUGCUAUUUGUGGAAAGAUUUCUUUCUCAAGUAGUAGUUUUUAAUAAAACUACAGUACUUUGUGUAUUUCUUUUAACUGUGUAUAUUUCUACUGAUCUGAUCUCACUGUUUAUGUUGCUUUCCAAAGAUGUAUGUUGCAUAAUACAGUGGAUCUGAAUUUAUUAUUGCUUAUAAAACACAUUUGAUGGAAUAGGAGUACUGGUUUUUCAUAAUGGUUAAAAAUGAAACCAGCUGUGGAUUUCAAAACACAGUGUAUUCUAGAUCAUGUAAGAUCCAUGCUGAUUUUUAUUGCACAAGAAUUAGGUUUGAACUCUUGAGCUGGAACCCUCAGCAAACUAGAGUAUAUAUUGUUCAGUAUUUCUUUGGAAACAUUUCAUUAAUGUACUUGUCUUACAGAAAUUUCUGGACUUUAGUAAAAAAAAUAAAGUUAAACUUUUAAAACUC